CAGCGACCAAUGAGGUGCAGUUAUUCCAGAGCCGUCGUUGAUGCCUCUCUGGAUUCAGGAGCAAUAGUGAAAUAUCCUAUUCCUGUGUUAGUGAAGAAGCGUUGUGUCCAGAUUUUAGUGUUGAAGGUUUAAAGUACAGACAUUGUGCAAUCGAGUAAACCAUGGCUCGUACGAAGCAGACUGCCCGAAAGUCGACAGGAGGUAAAGCACCACGUAAACAGCUAGCCACUAAAGCUGCGCGUAAGAGUGCACCAUCUACUGGUGGAGUCAAGAAACCCCAUCGUUACAGGCCUGGUACUGUCGCUCUUCGAGAAAUCAGGAGAUAUCAGAAGUCAACUGAGUUGCUGAUUCGCAAACUGCCAUUCCAGCGUCUGGUCAGAGAAAUUGCACAAGAUUUCAAAACAGAUCUCAGAUUCCAGAGUGCUGCAAUAGGUGCACUUCAGGAAGCCAGUGAAGCAUACCUGGUUGGUCUGUUUGAAGAUACCAACUUGUGCGCUAUCCACGCUAAGCGUGUCACAAUCAUGCCAAAAGACAUCCAGCUCGCACGGCGCAUCAGAGGAGAACGUGCUUAAGCCACCGUAGAAAACAUUCCAAAUUACCUGUUUACCCUCAGACAACAAAGUUUGGUUUCACUGCCAUUAUUAUUGCAAGUUCGGUUGAGUUAUUCUCUUGUAAAUCUCUUUUGUCUGGGUCUAGUUUUCUAUGGAUCUUUUUGUAUUAUAAGUAUUGUGACUGAGUUUCUAUGUGUAAGUUAAGGUUCAAUUAUGUUAGUUGCGCAAGCAGCUUUACUUUCCGUUUGAUAAAUUAAUUAGGAAACCUCAUGUUUUGAGACUUAUUAUAUUUUCUACCUGGAGUGAUUUCUCUGUCGUAGAUUUACUGUGAAAUCUUAAAUGUUUACUGUGUAGUGUAUUUUAAUUUUAUUGUUUUUAACAAGAAAACUCGUUCUAAAGUAGAUUUAUAAGCAAUUUUGAGUAUAUUGUACUUGGGAUCUAACAAGAGGUUUGUGAUUUCUGUUGAUGGCCAACAUCUUGAUGUGAAUCUACUUUAGAAAAAAUUGUUCUAUGUCUAAAUAAAAACUUUAUACUUCAA